AUGCCCUUGACGCGUCGGAUUGACCCAGACGAUAUCCAACGAUUUUUCGAUGCCAGUUCGAGCCUGGAACCAAGGGCGGUAGUGACGCAAGUGGCCGUUAUGACAGUUCUGUCUAUUCUGACGAUCCUAACGUUUAAUGUCCUACGACCCAAUAAUAAGAUUGUAUACCAACCCAAGGUAACGUAUCAUGGAACAGACAAGGACCCGCCCCGAAUAUCCGAGUCUUUUUGUGGUUGGAUUCCUCCACUUCUCCACAACCACGAACCUGAAUUGUUGGGCAAGAUCGGUCUCGAUGCUGUAGCCUUCCUACGCUUCCUCCAUCUCAUGCGCUGGCUCUUCACCCUCACUGCUAUCGUCGCAUGUGGAGUGCUUAUACCACUGGAUUUCCUCUAUACCCUCUCCAUACAACCAGAGCAAUAUGAUCUCCUCAGCGCCAUGACAAUUCGGGACGUCGAGGGCGUUCGACUCUACGCGCACAUAGGAUUGGUCUAUUUCAUCACCCUAUUACUCAUGGUGCUUAUACACCACCACUGGCACGCAAUGUAUAGGCUGCGAAACGACUGGUUUGCAUCACCUGAAUACCAAUUUGCCUUCUAUGCAAGAGCACUUUGCAUCACCAACAUACCUCGUCGAAGCAGAUCGGAUGAAGGCCUUUGGAAGAUUUUCGAAAGGAUGAAACUACCCUAUCGAGUUACGUCAGUUCACAUUGGCAGACGAGUUGGCGCUCUACCUGACCUGAUCGACGAACACAACGAGACGGUCCAGGAACUAGAAGGAGUUCUCGCAAAGCAACUGAAGGAUGGAGGGCAUAGGCCUGGUAUCAGGAUUGGUGGUUGUUGCGGAAUCGGCGGAAGAAGACGAGAUGCAAUUAAGUUCUAUACGUCAAAAUUGAAGCACUCUGAAGCAGCUGUUCAACAGUACCGAGCCCAACUUGACUAUGGCGAGGCCGAGAACUACGGAUUCGCUUCUUUUGUCUCCAUUCCUGCUGCCCAUGCUGCCGCUCGCGAGCUCAAGGGCCAACAUCCGAAAGGGCUGACUUUCAAACUCGCCCCGCACCCCAAAGACAUCAUUUGGAAGAAUCUCGGUCGUUCCAAAGCAGGUCGAAGAUUCAGAAAGAUAACAGGUUUUAUGUUAUUGCUCUUAUUUUGUGUACUGAGCCUCGUUCCCCUCUUUCCAAUCGCCUCCUUGGCCAACCUGACUGCUCUUGCGGAAUCAGGAUAUAUACCCUUCCUGCAAUCAUGGGUAGCGUCUUCUGCUACCACAUACACUCUCGUAUCUGGGAUCGUUCCUCCAGCCGUCGCGGCCAUCUUCAGCUACUUUUUGCCCCAGCUCAUGCGCUGGUUGUCGAAGUACAUGGGCGCCACCACCCAUUCUGCUUUGGACCGCGUUGUCAUUGCACGGUACUUUGCAUUCACGAUCAUCAGUCAAAUGAUCAUUUUCACUAUCAUUGGCGUUAUUUUUCACUCCGUUGUAGAAAUUAUAGAUGCUGUUGAACGUCAAAGUGUCAGUCUGAAGGUCGUGUUGGAGAACCUGGAUAAACUUCCGGCAAGGAUAACGAGAACAUAUGUUGAGCAAUCGUCCUUCUGGUUGAAGUGGUUUCCCAUGCGUGGGUUUCUCAUCAUCUUUGAUCUCGCCCAAUUGUUCAGUAUUGUAUGGGUCAAUAUCAAGAUGAAUAUGUUUGGACUGACACCUCGCGAGCUUCGAGAACGAACGAAACCCCCGACAUUUAAGUAUUCCAUUCAUUACUCUAAUUUUUUGUUCAUGUGCGCAGCUGGGUUAUUAUUUGCACCACUCACACCUUUGGUGUCUUUAGCUGCUGCCAUCGUAUUUUGGCUUUGCUCUUGGGUUUACAAAUACCAGUUAAUGUUUGUGUUUACCACGCGUGUCGAAAGUGGAGGGAGGUCAUGGAAUGUUGUUGUCAAUCGGAUCAUCUUCGCUGCCACAUUCAUGCAAGUCAUGAUGAUUUUCACGAUCGGUCUCCAGGACCAAUUCAGAACACUACAAUUUCUUGCCAGUAUCCCACCAUUUCCUGCCACUCUCUUCUUCAAGUACUACCUUACGAAGAGAUUCGCAGACGACUUUCAAUACUUCACUCCACGGCAUGAGGAGCUCACACGAGCGAUCAUACACUCCGAGGAUUCUGAUCAGGGUGGAAAUAAGCUCGAACAGCGUUAUGCGCACCCUUGCCUCCAAACAGAACUUUUUUGCCCAAUGGUACAUGCCAAGUCACUACCCUUGCUGCGGCGGAUGUACAAAGGGAAGUUGAAACAAGACCAGAGAAUUUUGACCCGCGGCAUCGAAGAAAAGUCCCCCAAACGCGAAGACGUCGACUCUGAAGAAGUCCUCGAGGGGAUUACGUUUACGCCUGUUAAUGAGAAUGAACUCCAAUACGACCCCAUGCUGUACAGGCUCGAUCGUGAAGAAGUCGACUACGAUUUUGACUCGGUGAACUCGACGUCAUCGACGGACCACUUAUCCGACCUGAUCCCACCUCCACCGCUAAAGGAUCGCGGGUAUAGGGCUACAGGCGGCACGUUGCAACCGUCCUUCGGAAAUGAACCGCACCGUGACCCACUCUCGGCUCCAGGGACUGGAGUUGGCCAUCAAUUUGGCGGUCCUAGUCAAAUUUCCGGUGAAGAGGCGAACUGGCGACACGAUAAUAGACCGAUUUUACUAUCGCGUGCACCUUCGUACCAGACUGCGGACAAUCAUUCCUUCAGUCAGAGCCACGGAACUUGGACUAUUGAAGCGGCCCCUGCCAAAACCCCUCGGCACCCCAGUCAACGCCAGCAGUCUCCUCGUGCCGGCCCACGUCCACACCAUCACCGAGGUCACUCGCAUGCGUUACAGGAGAAUGAGGGUCCCUCUUCGUCUACUCAAGACGCAGAACGCACUUCAACGCACCGACGUCGUGGAUAG